CGUCGCUGCUCCUAGCAGCAGAGCAUUGACAGAUAAACAGACGUGCAGGCAGACAGCGACCACAAAAACAGCGCUGCAGUGUCUGGACAGCGAUGAUGGGAGUCUCCGGGAUCUGUUUGAUGCUGCUGGCCGUCACCAGUCACAGUCACGGCCUGGCAGCACAGCAGCGCCUGUACGGAUCCAAAAGAUUUCAGCAAAAUGCUGUAAAUCGUGACGACUGUGGGUCCAGAACCAAGCCCCUUCAAGUCCCAAACCCCCACAAUUUCUCUGUGGAUAUUCGCAUGCCUGCUGUCCUGCCAACCCGGUCGGACACUUACCUUUGCAUGUCGUUUCCCGUUCCCACCGAUGGAGAUGCGUACAUCGUGGACUUCCUUCCUCAUGCUAGCAUGAACACUGUCCAUCACAUGCUGCUGUUCGGCUGCCAGACCCCCGUCUCCACCAGCGACUACUGGGACUGUGGCAGUGUUCGAGGCACUUGUGAGGACGACGCCUCCAUCAUGUACGCCUGGGCUCGCGAUGCUCCCCCUACCAAACUACCCAAAGAUGUUGGCUUCAGAGUUGGUCGAUGUUCAGGAAUGUCCCACUUCGUGCUGCAGAUUCAUUACGGAGAUGUCGGGGCCUUCAGAGAUAAUCACAGAGAUUUCUCUGGAAUGACCUUAAGAAUGACAACCAAACCGCAGCCAUUCAUUGCCGGUAUUUACCUACUCAUGUCGGUGGACACAGUUAUCCUCCCAGGGAAAAAAGUUACGAACGCUGACGUCGCCUGUGAUUAUACGUCAUUUCCCAUUUACCCAUUCGCCUUCAGGACCCAUACGCACCAGCUGGGUCGAGUGGUGAGCGGAUACAGGAUUCGUAACGGGAAGUGGACCCUGAUUGGGAGGCAGUCCCCUCAGUUACCACAGGCUUUCUAUCCUGCCAACAAGGACGUGGCUCUGCAGUACGGCGACACCGUUGCUGCCAGAUGUGUGUUUACUGGGGAGGGAAGAACCAGCAAAACUUAUAUUGGUGGAACCUCCAGUGAUGAAAUGUGCAACUUCUACAUCAUGUACUACAUGGACAGCAAACAUGCUUUUCCCUUCAUGAACUGCAUGGAGACAGGCUCCAAAGAGCUUUUCAGACACAUUCCAGCUGAAGCCAAUGUUCCCAUCGCUGUGAGCCCAGGUCACAUGAGCGCUGGGAUGCAUGGAGGACACACGGCAGACGACCGGCAGCUCCUGGAGGCCAGCAGAGCAGAGCAGGUUCUGGAUCAGGAUUAUCACCUGGACCAGGUGAGGGCGUGGCCACAGUUUCCUCUGCAGCUGGGUCAGGUGACAGGACUUGCUGUGGACUCAGAUUCUAACCUGGUCAUUUUCCACAGAGGCGACCACCACUGGGGGGCAAACUCUUUCAACAGCUACGACCAGUAUCAGCACAGGUCCCUGGGGCCCAUCCAGCACUCCACUAUCCUGGUUGUGGACCCUGCUACGGGCAAAAUCCUGAAGGCCUCUGGCAGAAACAUGUUUUACUUGCCUCAUGGAAUACAGACAGACAAAGAGAAUAAUUAUUGGGUGACAGAUGUGGCUCUUCAUCAGGUGUUAAAGGUGAGCAGCGAUGGCAGAGACACAACCUUAGUGGCACUGGGGGAAGCUUUCACGCCAGGAAGUGACACCAAGCAUUUCUGCAAACCCACUGAUGUGGCAGUGGACCCGGAGACCGGAAACAUCUUCGUGUCUGACGGCUACUGUAACUCCAGGAUCCUGAAGUUCUCAGCUGAUGGCAGAUACCUGUCUCAGUGGGGUUCAGGUUCGUCAGACAGGAGGAGGCGUGUCCCGUUCCAGAUCCCUCACAGCCUGGCGUUCCUGGCGGACAGGAAGGAGGUUUGCGUGGCUGACAGGGAGAACGGUCGGAUCCAGUGCUUCAUUGCUGAAACUGGAGAGUUUGUCAAGGAGAUAAAGAAAGAUGAGUUUGGAGGAGCUGUGUAUGCCAUCAGCUACAGCCCCGCUGGAGAUGGACUGAUCUUUGCCGUCAACGGGGAAUCUCUAUAUCUCUCUGCUCCACUCAGAGGUUUUGUUAUAAAUUAUUCAACCAAAGACAUUUUGGACACCUUCAUCCCAAACAAACAGGAGUUUAAAAUGCCUCACGACAUCGUUGAAACUGGGGAUGGCAGCGUUUAUGUCGGGGAUGCAGGCAGUAACUUGGUCUUCAAGUUCACUGCUGAAAAGUUGCAUCGCUCUGUCAAGAAAGCAGGAAUCGAAGUUCAGGAACUUGAAGCAGUGGAAGCCUUCAUUCAAACCAAGACGAGGCCGGCCCACAACAUUUCAAAGACGAUGACCGUCCAGGAGAAGCAAUCUGUGGCUCAGCAGAGACCGGCAGUGGAACCGGCAGUGGAACCGGAGGAGAAGAAACUCAUCUCAAAGGCCCAGAGAGCGGAUGGUUUCAUCCCCACAAUCAUCAGCAUCCUGCUGCUCAUCCCGCUGGUGAUCUGCAUCUCCAUUGGAGUCUUCGUCUGCUGGAGAAAAAACAAACGAUUUGAGGUCAAAACAGAACCACGCUCUGUGGGAGGAAUUCUGGGAAAAAUAAAAGGUAAAGCAGUGGGCGGCCUGAACCUGGGGAACUUCUUUGCAUCUCACAAGGGUUACAGUCGCCAGGGCUUUGACCAGCUGAGCACUGAGGGCAGCGACCAGGAGAGGAACGUGGAGGACAGCAGCGACUCCGAGAACGAGGAGUACUCCGCCCUGCCGCCGCCCCCCGCCUCCUCGUAAACGCUGCAGCCCCGCUGCGACCCCGCCGCGGCCCCGCCGUGGCCCUUCUUCAUGUAACUGCUGUGUCUUGCUCUUUUCUGUAAAUAUUAUAAUGUGUUUCUGUACAGAAUAUGAAUGAAUUUACCAGUUAAACGCCGACCCGGUUGUAGAAUUACUUCCCCCCCAUAAAACCUUUAUUUUAUAUCUCAGCGUCUGCUCAAAUUCAGCCUUAAACAUUUCAAAUUCUGUUUAAUAAUCAUAUUUAUUUUGGGGUCUGUAAUAUAUUUGUGUCGUGAUAGCAGUUCAUCAGAGGCCUGUGAAGGACACAGCGCCCUGUUGAGUCCGAAAUCUUCCUCCUGCUGCUAAAGUGCCAUUUCAUUUCAGUUGCGUCACGCAGUCAUCAGAUUGGCUCUCGUGGGAUUUUAUGUGUCCCCGCUACGACGCUUGCAGGUGGCAAGUGUUGCUCUGGUUGAAGUCCGAAAUGACCAGUCCGGCGCCAGAUCAGAGUUCGUCCUCCGCAUCCAUUUUUAGUUCAUUCUGUGCCUUUUUAUGUCUCUGUUUUGUUCUUUAUGUUAAAGAAAACCAUGCACAUUCCUCAGAGACCAAACUUGUCGCCCCGUGUCCUGGCUGGUUUUACCUGCUCCAAGUGUGUCAAACAGGCAGAAGCUUCCGUACCAUCCACGUUUUACUUCCUCCCGGUCAUUUCUUCCAUUUCUGAAGGACCGAAGAGUGUUAAAACUGUUAAAACUGCAGGAACCGGUGUAGAAACUGGGAGAAAGUCGUGUGCACUCCAGCCUCCGAGCAUUUCAGCCGUUCGUGCACAGAUGUGUCAGUACCAGGUCAUAAACUGAUCCUCAUCUGUGAUUGUUCUGGACUCAUGUUUGAGUUCAUUUCCAUCCUGUUUGUUCAUCAAGCUCUCCUGCUUCCGUCCAUAACAUUUUAGUUGUAUUUUCUUGCGAUGAAGACUGAAUGAACCGAUUGCUGACGAGCACGUCCUGGAUUUCUAACAGAACCGUCACAUGUGGCCUACCUGAUAUUUAUUGUGACACUGGUUUUGCUGCAAGAGUACUAUUUUCAGUAACCAUGGUAUUUGUGUAAUAAAGUGUCUGCAAAGCA